AUGACUAGCUUUGCAUAUGCCACAACAACAACUCCCACUAGGUGAGUGUCAGAGUCCAGUUUACCUAGCUGUUUUAGUUAGUGUACCCCAAUGCACCUGCUUAAUGACAGGUGAUUUUGAGAGAGAAAGAAUUGUAUGUAUAAAGAGAAAGAAUAUUGUAUGUAUUAAAUGAUAAAUAAUGGUACACCCAGGGAUCGGGUGCUAGAAGGUGGGUGUGGGAAGGUUGUCAGGUAUAUGCUUGGCAAAUUAUUGUACAUCUGGGCAGUGAGUCGGCAAAUUGUUUCCUUAAGUUGGUAAAACAUGAAUAUAGGAUAGGAAGGGUAAUUAACACUAAAAAUUAUUGGAGUGAAACUGAUUUAUUAAAAACUAAUAAUUAUAUAUUAAUUAAGCUCAAAUUAGGGGAAAUUAUGGAAACAUUGCCUAAUUACAAAUGUCAACCCACAAGAUGAAGAAUGUCCAGAAAAUUUUUUAUGUUUGGGUGCAAAAACCCCCCCCCCCCCCAGCAAGAAUUUUUGAAAUAGAAAUGGUAAUUAGGAAAACGGCAGGUACAAAACACAGGUUGGAAUUUUGCAGGUUGCCAGGAACUUUGCAGGUUGAUAAUGCAAACUUAAAAUUACACCCCUUUUUUAGUAUUCUAGUACAACUUAGUUGUGCGUUUAAUUAUUGCAGUCUGACUCCUUGUCGGCGCUUUUGAUAUCAGCCUAUAUACCCUGCUGCCAUGUUCCUUAGCCUCUGCUCUAAGGCUAGUGGCCAUCACCCCUGUAAAAACAUUCAAAAUGACCAGAUUGCAUGGCUAAUGGACCUAAAAGGAGACGAAUGUUUUGAUUGUUGCGAGGUGCCUACAUGACAUGGCAGCGUUUAUACUAGAAUGUUGUUAAAAAGUUAACUAACUCUUGAGUAAUGAUACGGUAAUUGCGCAUGGGGGCUUGAGUGGACUUCUCAUAAGUGAGUGCAGAGGAGAGACACCUCAUUCAGGCAUUUUCUCAACUGCCCUGCACCACAUCAUGUAAGCUCCUCGCAACAAUCGAAACAUCAGUCCACCUGAAGGUCCAAGCCAAUCUGGUCAUUUUGAAUGUUUUCACAAGGGUAUGGCCACUCCUUAGAGCAGAAGCUAGCAACAUUGUAGCAGGAUAGGCUGAUAUCAAAAGCGCCAACAAGGAGUCAGACUGCAAUAAGUACACAAUUAAAUUAUACUAGAAUACUUUAUAGAGGUGUAAUUAAGUUUGCAUCAUCAACUUGCAAAAUUCCUGGCAACCUGCAAAAUUCCAACCUGCAAAAUCCCCAACCUGCAAAAUUCUCAACCUGCGAAAUUCCAACCUGCAACCUGCGUUUUGUACCUGCCGAUUAGGAAAACUAUUUUUCAAAUAGGGCUAUAUAGUGUUGCCCCUCAGGUUAACCUGAUUGUUUUAAAUUCUCACAGUCUCUGUCUUAUGUCUGUUUUGUUCCCAUGAAGCCUGCAUGUGUCUUAAAUAUAAUCACAAUUUUGACAGAGGUGCAUGCAUGAAACCAUGCACAUGUAAUACCUCCUUUAUAUCUCACUGCAUUUGUCCUAGCUUCCUUCCAGCAGCCAAACAUGUUUAUUACUGUGACUGCAUGAUUACUGUGACUGAUUACGGUGACUGCAUGACUACAUUAAGUAUUAUGUUUGCUUAAUAUUACCAAAACUAACCUAGAUUAAUAUUUAUCUUUACAACAACAUGCAACUAAUUGUUUAUCCUAAAUACCCUGCACCUUGUCAUAUAUGCAACUUAAAUACCCUGUGAGAGGCAAUCGGAGUGCCCAGAGAAAACCCAUGACUUUUGGCAGAGUGUUGAAUGCAUGUAUAUAGACUCGAUCUUCACAUGCAAAGCCUGUAGUGAUCGAACUGUGUGAACUCACUCUGUGCUUGCUGCUGCACAACCAGAAGCCCCAAUAAUUAAUGCCCAUAUUCACUGAGCACUUUGGACAUAAAUGGGUUAAAUUUAAGUUCCAAUUUUUACAAAAUUAGGACUUAAUUAUUAAUAUGUUUCUAUUCAUUUUCAGUGCAGCAACGUGUGAUGUACUGGAUACGGCUUAUUAUGCUUCCCUGUUUUUCGCAGCUGCCGUACGUUUACAGUUACAUUUUAAUUUCUUUUAUACUUAAUGUGUAUUUAUUUAGUGAUCCAGUUAAUUAUUAGACUAAAUUAAUAGCUAUAUAUGGGGCCUAAAAAAAUGCCCGUGGUUCCUGUUCCCGACCAACCCUAUUUUUUCUGCCAACCCUAUUUUUUUCUGCCGACCCUAUUAUUUUUUUAACACAAUCGACCAUGUGACCCUAUUUUCUCCUGAGGUGGUUGCGGGCUGCUGCCAAAAUGGCGUCUGUUGUCACACUAAUUAUUGAAAAAAGGUCUUGAAAAAACCUUGAAAAAAUAUUAAAAAAAGAAAAUUAUUUCCGACAUGUGGUUCCGAUAUGAAACCGGAACCACAGGUAUUUUUUUAGUAAUGAUGAGUAAAAUCAUCUGGCAUUAGACAGAGCAAAAUAUAAAGAGAGGUGCACCUGAGCGCAUUAAAUUGCCACUUAAAAGCCUUAGGUUAACUUUUUCAAAAAAAGAUAUGUCAAUUAACUAUGUGAACCAAUCGGAAUUUUGCAUUGUGCAUGUGGAUAACGCGUAUUUUGGCUGUUGUUUGCAGCCCCUCCUUUCCUUUAAAGGAGGGAUCGACUGCUUGCAGUCUAACCCAUGUCAAUUUAAUCUCUAUUUCUAAACAAGCCACUGACUGGCCUCAAAAAGAAAUUUUUCCAACCGUGGUGUUAGGAGAAGUCACCAUGAAGGGCUUGAAAAAAGUGAACUCCCAAUUAGUUCCCUAUCAUGCAUCAUGGUGGUCAAUAAAAAGACUUCCCUUGCUUUUUCUGAUUGAAAACCCUGCUUUCUGCCAAUCAUAAACAAUUUCUUGCCGAUCCUUGAUUGGUGAUUGGCUGUUAUUUCAAGUCCUAUUAGUCACCCCCACUGCUCAUUUCUCAUGGUUCCAGUGGGACAAGUAUUGAAUACCAUUGAAUGACAUAUGCCAAAAUUGGAAAUCACUCUAAUUACCAAUUGUUUCAGCUGCUUAAUUGCCUGGAGAAUAUAUGCUCUAUUCUAAAUGAGCUUUCUCAGGCCCUAUGGUGAUUGAUGUACUUGGGGCCAUUAGUCCAAUUUUAUUGUUAUAACUAUAAUGUAUGUAUAAAUGUUCCAUUCCAGGUGCUAAUUAUUACGGCAUUGGCAUUUUUACGGAAGAGAAGAAGUUUUAAGAAAGACGUUUGGGGAGGCAGACCUGGGAUCGUUGUGUGAGUUCAUACAAAGAUGUCUAUAAUUUAUCCAUGCCCCUUCAUCGAUCUCGAUCUCGCUGUUUGUUAAUUAAGAAUGUAACAGUGGUCAUCCUAAGGCCUCCCAUUUUCCAAGUUGUAAAAUGGGUAUAGUUCUAAAAGUUAAAAUGGGCAGUUCUAAAAUUAGUUAUAAAUUAAGCGCCUAUAUACAGAUAUUUCGGGCAAAAACAAAACCAACUAUCACUCUGAAAACGUAAUAUUAAAUGGCCAUUCUGAACUUCUAAAAUUCAAAAUUUUUCCAGGACCUCUCAUUAAUGCCACACUGUUAUAUAGCUUGUGUUCACUACCUCGAUCACAGUCUUUUCUUGUUGCAAGGACAGUUCUAAAUUUUUCUUAGGAUGACCCCUGAAAUGCAAGUAAUAUAAGAUGCAUUAGUUGGGCAUGGGAUGGGGGAGGGAGUUUGCUAUGGUGCAUUUAUAAUAACACGCAUUGAUUCGGUCUUCGGAAUAUUAAUGCAGGUGAUGAUAAAUGGUCAGUGAUGUAUAGGUAAGCCAGUCGGGCAGUGGCGCCGCCAGCUGGAUAAUUGGGGGGGGGGGGAUGAAUAGUCAUAUAUUUGUGUUCACAUAAAAAACAAUCGAUUUCAAAAGAAGUUAAUAAUGCAGAACACGAAGAUAUGAAUCAUGGUGUUCUUCUUGAAAAGUGACAGGUAUAUGGAAUAAAGGGACAUGAGUUGCUCUGGUUUACUGAUUACAGUACCUAUUCUGUCGUCAACAAUUUGUCCGUAUCGGCGCAAAUUCGUCACCUUACGAACCGGCUUUUAGCGGAGUACCACAAGGAUCUAUCUUAGGGCCCCUUCUUUUUACUGUGUCAGUAUAAUGAUCUGGCUGACCACCUAGUUAACUCCCGAGUUAUAAAAUACGCGGAUGAUACUGUUGUAUAUUUCUCAAGAAAGGAUGUGGAGGCAAUAGAGGGGGCACUUGCUCAGGAUUUGGAAGAAAUUGCACGGUUUUUUUAUAAAAUUAAACGAGUUGGUGAUAAAUCUUAAGAAAGGAAAAACCGAGAUCAUGCUAUUUGGCACAGGGAAGAGACUUUCAUUACAACCACGCAAUUUGGAAGCAAAAUAUAGAGGAGAUUUUAUUAAUUUCACUACGUCAUACAAGUAUCUUGGAUAUUACUCUUGAUUCCUGUUUAGUUCUUAGUGAAAAUUUUAAUAUCGCGUAUAAGAAAGCCAGUAACCGUGUGAGGUUACUAUCGGCCGGCAAACUGCGUGUAUAUGUAACACCCAAAGCCGCAUUUAAAAUCUAUGAAAUGAUGAUUCUUCCGAUAAUAACCUACAGUACGUCAAUUAAACCUACGUUGCAUGACAAUAACUCAACUUGCUAAACUUAGCUCUAUAGAAAAUCGAAUUAAUGAAAUCGUUGGACGGGAAAAACUUAACAUAUUCCUCGGUUGGUGAAACAAGUACAAAAGAAGGCAUGUCUAACUGUAAGAAAGUGUUUGGAUAAUGAUGUAUGCUGUAAUUUCAGGGGUAUUUUGAGACAAUAUCAACGUACCAGGAAUAAUUCUAAGCUGGUUAAAUUACCUAAAGUCAAAUUGGAAUACGCUAGACAAUCUUUUAGAUAUGUUGCCGCAAAGAUAUAUAAUGAUCUACCGAUCUCAAUGAGAGCUGAAGGGAAUUUUAAAGUUUUUAAGAAGUCAUUGGACUCUUAUUAUAUUUGAUCUAUUAUGUGAAUGUACUUUCUGAACAUUAUUCCUAGUAGUUCAACUUAGUUACAUUAUGUACAAUCUCAUUAACUUUUAAUAGUUUUUAUACCUUACUCCCUAGCAUAAGCAUAGUAGUUUUAUAGUAGGAUAAGAGGACACAUAUUGAUAGCAGUAUGUUCAUACUGAAAUAUCUAUCCUCUGUAAAUAUUUCUUAAUAAUAAUAAUAAUAUUUGCCCUCCCCCCCCCCCAAUUAUCGAGCUGGCGGCGCCACUGCAGUCAGGCCAAUCAUAGUUAAUAGAGGAGAUGGACUAGAUGGUUUGGAAACUCGUUAGCAUUACAAUAAAAUCACAAUAAACCUCAUUAUCUAUGUUGUUCAGGUUUAUGCAAAAAUGUGGUCUUUCAUCGUCACGUGCGUAUUGUAUUUUUCUCAAGUCAACCAAUAGGAAUGUUCAAAAUGUCCUAUUGUUAAAGUCAUGGAUGGGCAAUUGGACAAAACCGUUGCUAUUGGCUGGUUGAGCAAAAAUACAAUACGCACGUGACGAUGAAAGACCACAUUUUUGCAUAAACCUGAACAAAAACAUAGAUAGUGAGGUUUAUUGUAAUAUUAAUAAGUUUCCAAACCAUCUCUAUUAACUAUGGGCCAAUACAAGGGCAAACUUAUUGGAAAUCAAUAGACUUUAUAGAGACCUCUAUAGAGAUUCGCAAAAUAACAAGUCUUAAGAUUCUAUAUGGCAGUUGAAAAGUUUCUCAAUUAUAGGCAGACCAUGCAUUUUUUCUUAGGCUAUUUUCUUAAGCCCUGGGCAAACUAGGAAACAUUGUUGCGGAAACAUUUGUGAUUCUCGAUGUUUCCUCAAAUGUUUCCACGUUUGUCCACCGGUGGAAACAUUGUUGCGGAAACAAAAUUUGCUUCCCGGCAAGCAAAAAUGUUUCCUACCGAAUUCAGAAACAUUUGAUGUUCAUCCCUGUGUUUCUCACUAAUGUUUCCUAGUGUUUGCCCACUCUGGGAAACAUGGCGAAACUUCAACAUUGGUAGAAAACAUGGCGAAACAUUGCUUUAGGCUACUUAACUCCUUAACCCAUUGUUGUUGCAUGGUAUGAGUGCCAGCACUUUCCCCUUGACGGGUAAAUGGUCUGGCAUUAGACGUACAUAGUAAAAUAACAAAGUUAGGACACAUUAGAAUGAAGUGCAUGUUUAAGAAGACCUAACCAGGAGCAACUGCGAAAAAUGCAACUCUAGGCCCUCUGGCCGAAUCGAACUUGCGGCCCUGCGAAUCGCUGAUCACGGUACAGCGCUCUAUAACCAACUGGAGAGUCUAGUUGAGCUCUAACCCCAAGUUCAUGGAUAAAUGGAGCAUUUGCCCUAUAGACUAAAUUUUGGUCUAGACAAAAAUUUCAUCACAGCUUGAAAGAGCAUCACAAAAUUGGUAAUAUUCCGAAGUUCCACCCUGUGUAGGCCUAUAGAUUGCCUUGGUAUUGAUAAUGACCGUUUGGCCAUCAUGUGUGUAUUUGGGGCUGCCGCUGGAUCAAUCCUUAAUCUGAUUCUUCGCAAUGGCAUGGUUGAGGGAAGUAACGCUUGGGAAACUGGUAUGAAUGCUUUUCUUACUUUCAUGUAUUAGACUAUACUUAUUGCCAGGCCUAAAAAACAAUGUAAUAGAAUCACCAAAAUGGUCUCGGCUCCCAGUUCCGGCUGUAAUUGCAUGUAAUGCGCACUUGAUCAUAUAUACAUAUGUAAAAUCGCGCAAUAGGAAUACUAAAUAUCUAAAAUAUCGAAAAAGUGGUGGGGUCAUGGCCUCCUUCCUCCCCUUCCAGCUACGCGGUCUCAUUAGUUGAUUUUGUGUGUGAGAGUAACUCGCUUUGUGUUUGACCACAAAGUUUAAGUUUAAACAAGUUUGAUUAUAAGCUCGACGAUUGAUACGGUCAUGAGAAAUAAGUUGCAUGACAGUUAAAAGAAAACUGUUGUGCAAACUAUAUAACCAUGCUGUUAACUCUUUGCAAGCUUAACUUGUUUUCGCUUGGCGAAGCCAUUAGAGUAGAAAAAGCUAUUUUCCUUUGCCAACUUUCUUUGCCUCUUAAUCUUAGCUGAUGCAGCUUUAUUAAAGCAUUUAAUUUUUCGUCUAGCAUUUCGUCGCAUUGCGACUGCUCUCGGAGUUGCUUUCAUUUAUUAUCCCUACUUUGGAUGUUUGGCUUCAUAUCACAGAAUUUUUGGAGCGUUGGUGGGGCUUCCUUACGCUCUUGCCUAGUAAGUAGUUUUGAAUUUGAUAUGCACGCGUAAAAACGCUCAGGUUGAUGCAAUACUGAUGAAAACAGGAUUGAACAAUGCUUUGCUGCUGCCCACAUUGUUCGUAGCUGUCAACAAUAUUGAACAAUACUGUUACACCCGAUUCAGGCUCAACAAUAUUGUUCAAUAUUAUUGACAAGUGUGAACAACGUGGGCAGCAAAACAUUGUUCAGUCCUGUUGAGCAACGGGCUCGGCGUUUUUUGCCGUGUAGUAAUACUGAUGAGCUUUUAUACUAAAUAUAAAAGCGAUCAUGUGACCUAAAAUAAACCAAUAAGAUGAAUUUAGUCAAAACAAAGUAUAAAAAAACCCGUAUAACUGAUCAAGCUCUUUCCAUAACAUGAGCCGCACUACACAUAGUUCAUCGGAAUAUUCCAUUGUCUUUAGUUUCACUGUUUUUAAAAUUCCAAUGUUUUCCACGCCAUCGAGUCACUCAUUUUGCUUAAAUAAGUUUUCUGCAAACAUCCUUUUAUGAUACUUAUUAUUGUAAUUAUUUUGUGUUCUUAUUGCAGUUUUUCUUUCACAUUGGCGGUUGCUCUUCAAAACUGUAAUGUAAGUUUAUUUAAGGCAUUGUCUCGUAAUAUAUACAUGUCUUUCCCCACUUUUGCUUCUGCGUCAGGGUUCAGUGUGGGUGCUGAUGAUCUUUCUUAGUUUGCAACUUGGUAAGGUAAUUAAUCUAAGCAACGCCAAGUUUUUCUGUUGCUUACGCCUGUAUUUCAAAAGAUCACUCGCACUCAAAGAAUGGAGGUUUAAUCUGAGCUUCCCUUGAGUGUCAGUGCUGUUUUUGAAUAGCUGGAGGGUUAGUGUCGUAACUUACUAUGUGACUACUCAUGCGAGUGAGCUUUUAGAAUACAGGCGUUAGACCCUAAAGGCCGCUUUCCAGGUACGCGUUUUCCAUACGUGCAUACACGUACGGAUAAAGUUUUUAAAAAUCAUUUAUUAUAUACAUGACAAAAUCGCUACAAUCCCUAUGGUUAAGAGGAGUGAAAUUAUUUCAUUAAUAGACCUUAUGCAUAAUGACGUCACAAGGCUUGAUGCCCGCGAGGAAUGCUGGUCUUAAUAGUCAUCGCCCGAGAAAAUUUGGAUAGUGGCCAUUUUGAAUUGUUUAAUUUUCACGGGCGAUGACUACUAAGACCAGCAUUCCACGCAGGCACCAAGCCUUGUGACGUCAUUAUGCAUCCUUAUGCAAUUCCAGUCCUCGCACGAACCUCCUCGCUGCGAGUGCAUGCAUGAGCACUUUCAUCCAAUCACAAUGCUUAGGAGUUAAUUUUAAUUAGAUGCAAGCACUCGCAGCGAGCUUGGAGGAGCUUCGUGCGAGGACUGGGAUUACGCCUUAAGGUAAUUCCGUAGUAAUUGUUCCCGAAAUGAGAAUGUGCUGAAACUUCCCAGGCAUGGAAUUUAUGAUAUACUUAAAGUAAAAUCGCACGAAAAAGUCGGGGUCACCGAACUCGUUAAGAAGAUAUGAGAAUCACAAAAUACCACCUUUUCCCCAAUGUGGCGCCAUCUUGACGCUCAUUACGAAUAACAGCAAAAUCACAACAGCCCGAUUUUCAUUGACGUUUUUAGCGCGGAUUUUGCUUUAGUAAACCUAUCUUGUAAUUAUUUUUGAAAAAUAUUGUGUUUUGAGCAAAAUGAAACUACUAACGUGUACAAUUCUGAUCCAUAAAUGUCUUUUCCACAUUUCUUUACAUAUCUUUCUUUGAGAACAUGCAUUGAUAAAGGAUUUUUUUUCAAGAUCCAGAAAUGAUUUUUCUUUUAAUUUCGGAUAUGAAAUGUAAAAUGUAUUAAAGAAAUAGAUUAUCAGUUAAAAAACGGGGUUCACCGAUCUUUUUAGGGAAUUGUGGCAUUAAAACGUGAAAUACAAGUAAAUAUAUAUACUACAGACGCAGGAACCCUAGCUACACUUUUGUAUGCCUUUUUUGAAAACAUUGCUUUUAACGUAAUUCUUUGCACUAAUGUAACCAAAGAUGUUUUGAAGUAACGUAAAAUUGUCAUAAAAUGAUUUUUUUAAACGGUACGUAUAAUGGAUGAAGUUAUAAGAUGUGCGCAGUAAAAGUGCGCAAUGCAAAACUGCGGAGUUACCUUAAGGUUUAUUGCACUCACCGAGGAGUGCAAUUAAUGAUUUAAAAAAAAAUGGCGGUCAUCAAUCAUCAUACAGGUGCACUUUUAUGUAUGACGUAUAUCAUCAUACAGACAUAUUGAUAACCUGUCCAUCACCCCCACUCCCCAUCUAACCCCUCACCCUGAUGGCGGGGUGGAACAAAAACUCCAGAGUUUGAACAGUUCUUUUUGACAGCCUGUAUUUUAAUUUAUUAAUCAUUAGAAACUUACGACAUUGGGAGAAUAUGUUUUGGAGAUAUUACCAAUUAUACCGACGAUAUUAUGUCACCUGUUUAUACUGGGCAAGUUUAUACUUGUACUUUAUAAGGAAAUCAAGGAAUAUGGAAUAUGCGGAAUGCAGUUAUUUUCUCAUAACGUCGUAAGUAAUGUUUUCCCACUGACUUUCGUUUGCCUGAACAUUUCCUGCAAUGCCCACUCUAUUUUUUAAAAAUCUCUGUGCAUGCUCAAAACCAUGUAACACGCGAUUGUGCAUUUGCUAUUCAUAAGUGAAAUCAGUGGCGGCCAUACUGGCGGUAAAGUUUCCGGCUUAUGACGUAGCACUGGUGUGACGCGCAUGCAAGGGGGGAAAAGUUAAAACACUUACUUUAAAAUGCAUUUUACAACUUGAAAAGUUGCUGCCACGACAGAAAGUUUUUCCCGCUAAGCGGGAAAGUUGUGGCUUUGUUGUGUUCAUAUGGGAAAAACGUCCCGGUCACCGAGAUCUCGCCUGCAACAAGCGAGAUCUCGGACCAUAGACGGAUUUUCAUAUUUAUUGCUGGGGUGGAGCCAGAAAUUUUAGGGCGGUGAGCCGUGGGCAGGUGACUGAAGCAACACAAAGUGUCACCAAACCCCAGUAAGGUCUAUAUUCUAGGGGUGGAGCACUAUACCGCUAGGGGGAGUCUAGAGAGCAGAAAACAAUGUACCCCAGGAAACAUUUGAAAAAAAUCAUGAUUUCUAGCUUCGAAAGAAAGUUUUUUGAAGUUGUCAAUUUGUCAUAUCAAUGGUUUGGCAUGUCCGAUUGUCUGUUGAGACUUGAGAGAGUUAAAGACUUAAAGUUAAAUAAACCUGUAAAGUGUAAACCCAAUAGAUGAACAGGCCAAUAGUCAAUACACAAUAUGCUUUUACUUUUAUAAAGUCAUUGACAUUGUGUUGUUUGAAUCCGAGUACAAUUUAUGAUGCAACUCGGAUGUAAAUAAUAUCUGGGGCGUAAAGAUUAAAUCUAGGCAAGUCUAUUUCCUAAAAGAAUUAAAAACUAAAAAUAGUGUUCGUAAAAAUUCCAAACGUUCCUUGCGUGCAAGCUAUUCGCAUGACAAGGCACUGCAAACUCUAUUCAGGGAAGAUAAUAGAGUUUCAAAACUUUACAAUUGCUCCAAUAAACCAAGUGAAUGCAAGCGAGGAGCGAUUAGUUUCAGAGUGUUGCACUGUCUUUUUCUGUUCGAGUGUACUCCUACGUUUAUUUUGUAUCAUCAACACUCUGCACGUUGGAAUGGACUAUUUAAUUAUUUAUUUAUUAUGCCGAGUAUUAGUUGGAAAAUUUUUGAGGGGUGGACAUUUUGUUUGGGGGGGGGGGGUUAUAGCUAAUAUUGGGGUGGUAGCACUUCCCUGCACCCCCCAGAAAAUCCGUCCAUGUCUCGGACGUUUCGUCAAAGAGUAAAGAUUUCAUAUUAUUAAAAGUUUCAUAUUUUCAUAACAAGGCGAGAUCUCGCAUGUAAACUUGUCGAAAUGUUUUUUCGCUAACCGGGAUAACUUUUUCCCAUAUGAACAGGCCCUUAGAUAGGAACUAGGAAGAGACAUUCGCUUGAUAGCAGUACUAAUUUAGACACUUGCAAAGAAUUUGAUAGAUUUAAAAAUAUUUUCUCAUCAUAAUAUUGGAUAGAAACUUUGCAUAUGUUUCGCUCGCUUUCCUGGGCUAAACAUGACUAAAUGCAUAUUUAGUGCAGGCAUAAUUUAUGCAUGAAUAAUUUACUCAAUUUGCCUCUAGUUUUUAACCUCUGCUAACAUGAACAUGAAUUCAUAUCACAUAUAAUGUCCAUUUAGGAUGAACAUGCUUCUCAGCAGGUGAAAUUGGUCAGACCUUGGUUGCGAAAUUACGUGCAUGACCUCAUUAAGUCAAGGUAAGAGCAUGGGUAAUAAAAUGACUGAAAACGAAACAUAAACAACACGUACGAGUGGUAUUAUUUGUGCGCGGAUUGGUGAAACCAGGUGAUGCAGGGUGUGAUAAUUCAAGUUUUUUUUUUCCGUACUACACUGGGCCUGGGACUUCCGAAGGGUGGCGGAAUCUUCAGAGCAAACACCUUUCAUUAACUUAUGCGAUCGUUGGUUCGAUUCUUGCUACGGACUAACGACAUUCAUGUGAAAAGACGGUCUACCUCUACGACGCUCUACCGAAAAUCGUGGGUUUUUUCUGGGUACUCUGUUUCCUCCCGCAGAGAAUGUCAACAGAGUGGAUUGGGACCCUUUCACCGUAGCUGUCCUUCGUGAUCAAAUAUGAGUCAGAAGCCGUCAGGUGGCAGCCAGAGGCGCCCUUAGAAAGCCUUCGACUCGAUCAAGUUGACUUGCGUCCUUCGCAAUUCAACUUAGCUCUCAGUUGCAAGUAAGAAUGAUUAGCAUACCCCCACUUAUUACACUGACCUGAAAGAUCAAGUGUCUUAAAUCCCUAAUUAUCUGUUUUCUGUUUUCUUUGUCGUAGAGAAAUCGAGUUUGCGUUAGCGCAUCGCAGGCUCAGUUUCGAAUGUUCCAGUCGUUCCAGUUUAUUAUACAUAUCCGUUUUCAAGAUGGCGGCCGUUCGAUGAGUGACUAUUUCAGUCUCAAACAAUUUCUUCCAUUGUCCACGGAUUUUACCGCGUUUUUCUAUGGAUUUUCGAUUUAUCCAACAUUGCACUUUCUUAGAAGUUGACUUGGUGUUUUUUUUUUCUCGUGCAACGUCUGUGGAAAUGCGAUAUCUGGAUCGUUGAGUUUUUCGAAUUUUAUAGGUAGUAACGUUUAUUAAUACAGACUCACGGAAUGUAAACAAUGUUGUCUGCUUUAGCGCAUAGCAUGCCCAGAGACCAUGUGCAUUUAUGGAUAACGUUUGUAUUUUGUAGCAGUACUUGUGUUUCAUUGAACAUUACGAAAACAUCUCCUCAGGAUCACGCCACGCUUUCAGAAAGCCUUUCAUUCGUUUGCGGUUCACGAUUUGUAUUCCUUGUCUAUUGCACGACCUUGCACCAUAUAGCACGUAUGUUGCCAUUUUCAGGUCAGUGUGAAGGCCUGAGCAGGCGUCUUGUUGUUAUUCAAUUAUUAUUGCCACUCAACUGGCGACAAUCGUCAUUAACAUUCGGCAAAACCUGAAAUCGUCCCGAUUAAUCGCAGCGUGUAAACGUACAUUUAAGUACUCGAAUUAUCGCAUGCCGACGUAGGCAACCUAAAAGUUUGUUUUGCUUAAAUUUUGAAUUCGUUAACUUCGCCAGGGAUGAUAAAACACUCCUAUGCACUUACGCAAUAUUUAUAAUGAGUAUUACAAUGAAUAACAAUCACAGUGGUUACAAUGAAUAACUUGGUAGUGUCACCGCAACUUUUAGUUACCGGUUACUACUAAUCCGGUUGCUACUAAUCAAAUAUUUCGCCACAUUUGUAUAGACCUGCCCGCCGUUAUUCAAGAAUAGAGUUCUACCUGAGGAAAAUUUACAAUCCCGAGAAAAGUAAGUGCUUCAGAUCCAGAAUUCGAAAUACAGUAUCAGGCUGGUACGAUGGUUUGUAAUUCGAACGUCUAAACUAUACGUACUAUUUAAAACACGAGCAGGAAUGCUUUAUCGGAAAAAGAAUACGAGGCAGCCGAGUGUUUUAUAGCUGAUAAAGCACGGACGGAAAAACUCACUCGUGCAUGUUUUUUUCCAAAUUUCACUCGAAACCAUACGUUUACAAUAGUGUCUGCUUAGGUCUAUUAAUGUUUAUUUUUUUGUGUGUAUUUUCAAACGACAAGCGUUUUGGGCACGGCACCCCUGAAAAUGGGCACCGCUUGCUAGACGUGCCGAGACUAGCUCGUGAGAAAGUCUCGGCUCGUUUAAAUUUUGCGGCACCGGUGCCGAUUUUUGUCACGUUUACACGCCAAAAGGUAGAGUUGCCGUACCUCAAAUUUUGGGCACGGGUGCCCAUUUUUAGGUGUGCCGUUGCCCAAAACACUGGUCGUGUAAACCGGCCUUAUAUGCCGUUCAUUAGACCCUUCCAAAGUUAACGACGCCAUAAUGAAACAUGGGGUGCAAAUACAAUAGUGCAUGGGGUGCAAAUACAAUGGUGAAAACAAUGGGAUUCAAGAUGGCGUCGGAAACCUUGAAUCCCCCUAUACUAUAUUAUAGGUCAAAAUUGGCAAAAAAAAUGUUCAUCGUGAUCAGGUGGCCGGAUAAAGCUUUUAUAUGGAAAAUGACUGAGGUCCCACAGUGUGAUCCCACCAUGGAUAAUAAAAUAAAUGGAUAGGACUCUCGCCGACGUAAGCAAAACAACCUAGUUGCAAUCUGUGACGUCACGCGUAUUGCAAAGUUCUCUGCAUUUUUGUUGUUUCGCUAUAUUUUCCGCCUUAAAAGAGCAAUAUUGAAGCAUAAACCGGUCUAAUUGUUUUAAAAACAUGCCUAAGCCACGACAAAGUAUUCAAGGUAAAUGUUUUUCGUCUUUGUUUUGUUUUUAACGAAAUUUGGGAUACGAAAUUGGCGUCCCCAAUUUUAACGAAAUUUGGGAUGCCUUUUUCACUGUUUAGUGCUUGAAAUAUUUGCUAAAAUUGACUGGGAAUACUUAGAGAUUUCAUCGUAGAAUGGCGUAGUUAUAUUCAUUUGUUCUUUGACUAAAAUGUUUAGCUGUAUUAUUGUUAAACAUGCCGUUUUUGAGAAUUUGGUUUGCAACUAGGUUUCAACAUCCAAUCACGCCAUCAGCCCAUUGAAAACAUUAGGUCACGUCAGCUAGUUUCCUAUCCAUUUAUUUUAUUAUCCAUGAUCCCACAUAGUGAGAUCUUACUUUGAGAUCUCACCCAGCCAGGCUGGCUCGUUUCACAUAUGAACACAAAUUGGAUUUUAUGUUAACAAAGGCCAUGCAGAUUUCACUCAGGCCAGUUUCCCGGUUAGCUCAUAUGAACACGCCUUUAGACCUCUCUCCUCCGCAGAGGCUUUAGUUUUCUUAGGAUUUAGUAUUACGAUGAGAUACAUUUCACUACACUUUACAUGGCGGAUCGUGUAACACGAGCGUAGCCGCUGGGCUCUGCGGAGGAGAGAGCCUUUAGACAGAAUCGGGAUAGUUCUUUCGGUUCUAAUGAGUUUGAAUCAACGAGUUUCAAUGAUGAUCGAGUUCCGAACUUUUUUCCAACUUUUUUGUAGAUUUUAAGUUUUCAACUCUAACUGUCUCUGUGGUCAUGAUCUGCUCUAUUCUACUUUACAGCGUGAGUAAUUUGUUUUUAUAUUUGAAUUGGAAACGUUUUAGGGGGCCUACUAAACACGUAAAAACACACAAGUUGUUACAGGUCUGCAAAAAAGUUCUCACAAUUCUGUUCACAAGCUGUCAACAAGUUGUGUUCGCGUUGUUGUAACAAGUUUGGAACAAGCUGUUAAAAACUUGUAACAAGCUUAAUGGCAUUACCAGACUUGCCGCGAAGUUGUUCUAACAAAUCUGAUACAGUCAUGAUAUAACAAGAAUGUUACAAGGUGUUGAUUACACAAGGUUGUAACACUAUUGUCGUAUCAUGACUGUAUUGGACUUGUUGGAACAACCUUGCAAUAAGUACUUGCAAUAAUAUCAUGAUCAACAAGGUUGUUGACAAUUUGAAACAAGCAGUGAGAAAACAACUUGCUGGCAGACUUGUUACAAGAUGUGAUAUUUUUACGCGUGUACAUGGAGAAUUAUUAUAUAGCAAGUGUCAAAGUUCAAUUUUCCUGUUUGCCGAUUGGUCAAAACCGUAUCACGUACCGGUCCACAAAACGUCGUUUUAACUAGUUGAAACAGUUAUUGACUAGUCAGUACUAAAGCCGGAAAUGAGGCACAAACAAUAACAAGUUAAUUGAAACAAGUGAUAACAAGUUGUUAUCGUCCUGCAAUUCAACAGCUUGUUUAACAAGUUGUGAGUGACAACCUUGUAGCAACUUGAUAAAAUAACAGCGUUGUCACGCUGGUCAAAUUUGGCGAAAUUUUUCCCGCUUGUGCGGGCUCGCAUUGUUAGCGGACAUCUUGGCCAGAUCUGCACAAAAUGCAAAACGUUCAAUUUUUCACCUCGAGUCCGCUGGAAAAUGCAAGCCUGCGCUACUGGAAGAAUAUGUGCUGAAUAUGACCAGCGUGUGUUACAACUUGUUGAUAAACUUGCUGCAAGCCUUUUGCGAACACAUCUUGUUGACAAGUUGUAAGAUUUUUACGUGUGUAUUAGGAAAAUGAAAGGCAAACGCAGUGAACUUGGCUAUAGUCUUUGUAUUCGUAAAAUCACAAAUUUCAAGUAAUCCAUUUUUUAACUAUCCAUGUUGAAAUUAAGCUAACCUCUACAUGUCCAGAGUUUUAUGACCACAAUUCAUGCAUUAAGCACUCGAUUGUAAACCCGGGUUUCAUCUUUUUACAGUUUUAGUUGCUGGGGCAACAGCAACUGUAGGUUACGGCUCAAAAUUUCACCCAUUUCCGUCGUUCGCCAUAAAAUGAAUUGCUCAUUUAACGGAUUACAUAAUUUUUUACCUCUCUCCUCCGCAGAGGCUUAUAUGAAGUUUCUAGUGAGGAAAAAGUGAGCGCGCAAGGAGUGAUGGGAAGAGCUAAAUAAUUGAGCCUCUGCUAGUUAAUGCAAUCAACAUGGCGUCGUAUAUAGUCUUUUGGCGUUCGGUUCGAUCAACCAUCGAGAGUGUUAAAACAUGUUUUCGACUUUCAUUUUCAGGCGUACUUGAGUAUCCUGGGGUGAAUUCAAUAUCAAUAUCUUCUUCUGUCCAUUUGCAUCGAAAAAUAUGGAGAAAUUGCAAACGAAUAUCAAUGUAUACGAGCUAUCUAAUUAUAAAUAUCCUCUUAAUUGCAACAUUUCUUUAUAAAAAUUACUCUAUUCAACUUCGAUACUCAGAUUGUGAAGAUUCAUUUAAAUUUCUUUCACAUUUCGGUCGAUUUCAAGUUUAAAAAAAGGUCAACCAGCUAGUUUGGUUCAAAAACCAUACCUUGUCGCAUUUAAUAUCUAGCAGAGCUUCCUCGACUUCAUUUCAAUCUUCCCAUCAAACCGCGCGCGCUCACUUUUAUUUUGGAAACUUCACGUAAGUUAUUUGUAAAUACUUAAGGAGGCUCUGCGGAGGAGAGAGAUUUUUCACCAAAAUUAUUCAGUCAUUGUCUUUUAAGACUUAAAAAAGUCAUUUUAGUCUAUCAUGCGCUUCCCUUAGCUAGAUCGAAAUUAUCAAGUGUAAAUUUAUAUACAUUAUUAGACCUAUAACCAGGAACAGCUGCGAAAAAUGCAACUAUACAGGUCCCUGACACAGGAAUCGAAUCUGCGCGGGCCGCAGGUUUGAAAGAAGAAACAUUUAAACAAAUGAACAUCCUUAUAUCUGUUGCAUAAAACCGAAAAAAUACGACGUUUAAAACUGUCAAACUGUAUAAACCUGACGUUUUUGAAAACUGUAACCAGCCACGUACGUUAUACUUCCCAACGGAGUUAAUUUUCAAAAGCAUGUCUCACAAACAACUUUCUGUCUUUCUUUAACGUUAAAAUGUUGAAAAAGCCAUGCAAUGAAUUCUGACGGGUUUACUAUUGAAUUGGAAAUAAAAUCCGAAAUAGGUGAGAAUUACGACAAUUCGUAAAUUAUAAAUCGCUUUUUUACGCAAAACUAAAACGGAUUGUGGGACGUAGCGACUGUAACUACGGAGUGUCGGAAGUGUGAGUUACAUACUGUAGGCAUGCCCAUCAUGCUUUUCGCGUUUAGAGGUUGAGGUUUUGACUUUGAAAGGGCAAUCUUGAUUGAAUCCGCUGUUAAUCGUUGAACUAGGUACUUAGUAUACACUACUAUUUCCUUUUAGAUUUCCUUUGAACUUCUGUUUAUCGGCAGUAAACUACUGGACCAAUUCAAGAAAGAAUCUGACCAAUCAAUACUCGCGGAAGCUAUCUUCAAGUUGUUGGGUUAGUUUUGUUGGAAAUACUUAUUUUAAAUUUCAUUUAACACUUAGUAUAGGGAUCUUUAGCAUGUAUAGGACGCCGACGACGCAAAUUCUUUUUCCGUAGACAGUCGGACUCCUCAUUGAUAGUCGGACGCAUCAUUGUUCUGCGUCGAGGCCUCCGCACGUUAUCGAUCGAUCCCUUCGUACACUGCGUAAUCCACUGGUACACCAUAUAUCCAUCACUCUACGUUGUUCUUCUUCGACCACGUGUAGUAAGAUGGACGAUUUGGAUGCCAUAGCAAAUCUACAAACUUGUUUUUCCAGUCCCGAAAUAAAUUCCUUCAAAUGAAAGACUUUAAGGGAAACAUGUUAUGUAUUAUCCAUUGUAUGGAUUUAAUGCGGUUUUAGGAGGUUAAGACGGGAGCUUUCUAGUUGAGGAUAUAUAAUAUAUAGAUGAGCCGAUUAAUCGGAAAAUAAUACUAUAAGCAAAGUGAUUAAUCGGCCAUUAUGAAGAAAUCAGUCGUAAGAAAAUUAACGUUAACUUUUAUAAUCAUUGUUACGUCAAACUUGUGACAUUGCGAUGUUAUCUUUAACAUCCGAAGUUAUUUGGUUAUUUGGUUUGAAAUUUUCUAAAGCUUAGUUGACUUUUGAACAAAAGUAUUUUAGGAGUUUUUUCGCUGUUUUCCUUUAAACUACAGGUUAAACCUCGAUGAAUAUACCUUAUGGUUUAUUCUGAUUGAUUUUACACAACUCUCAGUCCGUUGUUAACGAGGAAAAAUGCGAAUAAACGAAUUUAAAGUAACCUAACGCAUAGUCAUCUAUACGGGACUGGUGACUAGUAACAUAACGAUAAUCAAUUAUGAAAACAUGCAUACCUCAGGGUUGUGGUUUAGGCCCAUUGUUAUUUCUAAUUUACAUCAAUGAUUUACCAAAAUGUUUAAACGCCGGGGCAAAACAUGCAGACAUGUUUUCGGAUGAUACCCAAAUUGCAACAUCAAGUGAAGAUAUAUAUCAAAGUAAUCAUUUAACAUUAAAUAGAGAUUUAAACAAUGUUGCAAAUUGGCUGUCCGCAAACAAAUUAACUCUGAACAAUAGUAAAACCGAAUAUAUGAUAAUUGGUUCCAAGGAAAGACUUAGUCAAGUGACUGCCGAUCCUGCUAUGCAGUGUAGGUAACUUAGAAAUUAAGAGAGUUGAAACGACAAAAUCAUUGGGCCUAAUGAUAGACGAGUCUCUAGACUGGACCGCGCAGGUCGAACACAUUUCAAAAAAGGUCACCUCAGGCCUUGCUAUUCUCAGACGACUCCGGGAUACAGUCGAAUUCAAUACCUUAAUAACAAUAUACCAAUCCAUAAUUCAACCUUAUUUCGAUUAUUGUGCUCAAGUGUGGGGUUGCUUCAAAAAUUACAAAACAGAGCGUUUCGAAUAAUCACUCGUGAGAAUUAUACGACACGAUCGGCUGAUAUAUUAAACAAGCUAUAUAUAGGAGUUCCGAACCUCGAAAAAAGAAGAAUGCAACAACUUUCGAUUCUCAUGUACAAGGUGAAAAACAAAUUGGUCCCCGAUUACUUAUGUGAUAUGUUCACAAAUGUGGGUGAUGUACACGACCAUAACACAAGACAGUCGGGAGCCGAUUUGACAUUGCCUAAACCAAAAACAAAUAGUAUGAAAAAUGCAUUCUCCUGCAGAGGUGCGGAAGUCUGGAACUGCCUUUCUGCAUCGCUAAAAGCAUCGACAACUAUUGCUAAUUUUAAGUCUAAUUUGAAGCAUGCAAAUUAACAUCAAGUGAUCCUGCCAUUAUAAUAGUUUUAUUUGUGGAAACACCACGUAAAUUUAUUACUGCAAAACUUUCGAUCCGUAAGCCCUGAUCUUCAUCAGUGCUAAUAAUAUGUUUAUUAUUAUUAUUACAUAUUAUUAGCACUGAUGAAGAUCCGGGCUUACGGGUCGAAAGCUUUGCAGUAAUAAAUUUACGUGGUGUUUCCACAAACAAAACUAUUAUAUAUUUUAUCGCCAUGGAAACAUACAAAGAACUUAUUGAUCCUGCCAUUGUUUCCAUCUACCUAAAAUAAUCUUCUUGUAAAUAAUAUAUUUCUUAUUUCUGCUUGUUUGAGUACGGCCGGUUGGAAGAUCACCUUUUUUCUUUUUAUAUUGUGUACAUAAUUAAUUUUAGUAGAGGUGAAAUUGUACCGUGUUAAAAUAUUGUUCAUAAUAAUAAUAAUAAUAAUAAUAAUAAUAAUAAUGGAAACUUUAUUUAAUUUUCUAAACUUACAACUGCAAAUCUCACUAUAUAAGGUAAUUUACAAUUGGCAACUUGAUAUAUUACUAUUAAAUGAUUUUAUAACGCACGAUUAAAUUUACUCUAUUACUCUAUAUACAUACUUAUACAAUAAAAAUUUUAAAGUUUCAUCAAGUCCGGAUUCACCCAGUUCUUAUUUCGACAACAAAAAAUGUAGUAGGUUGACCUUAUUGCAAUAUUAAUAAUCUUUUUAAUAACGUAUCUUACAUGGCAAUCACAACAGAAAUCUGUAUCGUGCAUGACUUUUAUUGUUUGAAAAAGAACAAUUUAACUUUGAAUUUAACUGUAAAAUUUUGACAUCAAUUUGUUUUAUUUUUUAUAUGUAGGUUUCGUGAUGGCUGCGACCAUUUUUACAUUCAUAUUUUGUGUUGUCUCUUUUAUUCGCUUCAUGGAAAAUCACAAGUAUGUUUUGAUUCAUGUUUUGCUUGAUAUGCUGUCAAAACACACUUUCUUCGUCUUUUCCAAGAAAUGUUUUCUUCGACUAACUUUAAUUAACCGUUUAUUCUUUCUCCAAAAAAAAUUGAAGUGCCACUAAACGAGCUAUACAAAGAGAGCAUUAAGAGUUUUCAAUUCUUCAAUAAUUAUUAAGUGUUGUGGUUUCCUCUCCAUAGGAACAACACGCUAAGAAUGUUCAAAGGAGAUAAAUCAUUCAUUCCUAAGAAUAUCAAUGCGGCACAGUUCAUGAUUGUAAGUUGAACAAUAUACGUAUACAAAUACAAUCCUGUUUUGAGUUUGGAACGCGAGAACUAGUGUAGAAAGUUAAAAUUGAAAAAUUGUACCAACACGAGAGAGAGAGAACAACUGAAAAUUAAUGUGUAUAUAUACAAAGUUUUAUGCACAACUGGAGAUUGUAGACUUGAGUCACUUGACAUGUGACUUGAUUUUUGUGACUUGACUUGUUACUCAGAUUAACAAUUUGUGACUUGAAUAGACCUUUCCCCUUUUAAGUGAACUUUUGAUCUAGACAAGUCUGGACAAAAAUUUCAUCACAGCUUGAAAGAGCAUCACAAAAUUAGUAAUAUUCCGAAGUUUCGUUGCGAAAUGUUGUAAAGUGCGGAUAAUAUAGCCUUGCAAAGUUUGCCGUUUUUCAGUCAUUUUGCAUUACAAACGGGAAAUUGAUAAUCAGAUGAUCAAACUGAUUAUUAAUUUACCAUUUGUAAUACAAAAUGACUGAAAAACGACAAACUUCGCAAGGCUAUAUUAUCCGCAUUUUACAACAUUUCGCAACGAAACUUCGAAAUAUUACUAAUUUUGUGAUGCUCUUUCAAGCCGUGGUGGAAUUUUUGUCCAGGCUUGUCUAGAUCAAAAUUUCACUUAAAAGGGGAAAGGUCUAUUGAACAAAAUGACUUAUGACUUGGCUUGUACUUGCAAGAAAUGACUUGUUAUCAAGAGUCAAACGUAAAGUCGUAAAUAUCUAGUGAAAAUGAACUUUUCCACAACUUUUACUGGAAAUUCAUCGAUGCACAUUGACCAGUGCAGCUACAUUGGCAUAUCGCAUUAUGACUGUGAGCUAUAGUAUUUGCUGCCGAGCGUAGCGAGGCAGCACACUAUUCUUGACACGUGGUGGUUUCUCCAGAGUCCACUCGACCCAGUCUUUCGCGCGACCUAUGUAUAGUCGACAUCUCGAUCUUGUGUCCGUCUGUCUGUCUGUAAAGAUGUCGUAAUCCAGGGGGAAUAAUUAAAAGCUUCAGGAACGUUUGUUAAAUGAGGGGAGCGGUCAAAACAAGAUUUUGUAUUGCGCACGCAUCUCCAUGUGCUCACUGCUCAAGAUUUUUCAAGCUUUUAAAUACGGAUGCAAGUAUCGGUCGAAAAUAUUCGGAAAAAUUCAGGUAAGUAUGGCUCUAUUUCUUUCUUCUUAUAUACAUCAAGGCGAUGAUCUUUUUAGUGUUCAAUCUAGAGGCAAACAAUGUGCUUUUAUGAGUUUAUCGGCACUUUUAACUGCCCAAAAUAUACCACUGAUCGAUUGGUCAAAAACAACAUUGAAUAAUGUCUUAUUACAAGGAGACAAAAUGUACUUGCAAGCUCUGGAUAAUGGCUUUGUUGUCUUAGAACCUGGUGUCGAAUUUAUGUCUGUAGAUAACUUACCUAAAGUUGUCAGUGUUUCAAGUUGUACAAACAUGUUUUCUUACGAGAUAUGUGAUUCUGUGGUCGACACAUAUAUAAAUGUGCCAGCUGUAGUGCAUGCGAAAGCAACUACAACACAUGUGAAUCCUUUUGAUGCACAAAAUAACGACACUAUAACUACAACACAUGUGAAUCCUUUUGAUGCACAAAAUAACGACACUAUAAAGCCCAUUGAGGCAAAAACUAUUGAUCUGCCCAUUGUGGUGGAGCCCAUUGAGGCAAAAACUAUUGAUCUGCCCAUUGUGGUAGAGCCCAUUGAGGCAAAAACUAUUGAUCCCCAUUGAGGCAAAAACUAUUGAUCUGCCCAUUGUGGUAGAGCCCAUUGAGGCAAAAACUAUUGAUCUGCCCAUUGAGCCCAUUGAGGCAAAAACUAUUGAUCUGCCCAUUGUGGUAGAGCCCGUUGAGGCAAAAACUAUUGAUCUGCCCAUUGUGGUAGAGCCCAUUGAGGCAAAAACUAUUGAUCUGCCCAUUGUGGUAGAGCCCAGAGGCAAAAACUAUUGAUCUGCCCAUUGUGGUAGAGCCCGUUGAGGCAAAAACUAUUGAUCUGCCCAUUGAGGCAAAAACUAUUGAUCUGCCCAUUGUGGUAGAGCCCGUUGAGGCAAAAACUAUUGAUCAGGCCCAUUGAGGCAAAACAUAUUGAUCUCGGUAGAGCCCGUUGAGGCAAAAACUAUUGAUCAGCCCAUUGAGGCAAAACAUAUUGAUCUGCCCAUUGUGGUAGAGCCCAUUGAGGCACAAAAUAACAUUCGACUGCCCAUUGUGGUAAAGCCUGUUGAGGCAAAAAGUAACAUUGAUCUAUCCAUUGGGGUAGAGCACAAUUCUGUGGUAACUAAAAACAAAAACCAAAUUUGUUUUAUAAAUUAUGGAAAAGAGCUUCAAGGUCUUGUCAUAACCAACCGAAAAAUUGCAUCGCACUACUACGACAUUCACACAGCACUUUUGAAUGUGUUUUCAAAUUAUAGUUGUACUAUUUUAAUAUUAGAAGGUUAUAUGAUGGCCUUGAUAAAGCAAACAGAUUUUUUCUAUUUAUUUGACUCACAUGCCAGAGACUCUAGUGGCAUGCCUGAUCCUAAUGGCUGUUGUCAUGAAAUUUGCUAAUAUUCUAGAAUCUGCUGUUGUCAUGAAAUUUGCUAAUAUUCUAGAAUUAGAACAAUAUUUGUAUUCUCUUUCAAUGACAUUGCAUGCCAAUUCAUUUGAAAUUGUACCUCUGCAAUUAAAUAUUUAACAUGUACGUAAAGCUUCAAAGCAAAAAAGUAAGUGUGUAAAAGAUCGAGAGUAUGUUCAGAAAAAGAGGCUUUCAGUAGAAACUGAAAGUGAUAAACAAGCUAGACUUAAGAAAGCUAGUGAGUACAAAAAAACAAAGCAGUCAGAGGAAACUGACAGUGAGCAACAAAUAAGACUUCAAAAAUUAAGUGAGUCUAUUAAACAGAAACGCUCAGUCGAAACUGACAGUGAACGACAAAUUAGACUUGAAAAAGAUAGUGAGUCUAAAAAAAGAAAGCGGUCAGAGGAAACUGACACCAACAGACAAAUGAGGCUUCAAAAGGAUAGUGAGUCUAAAAAAAGAAAGCGCUCAGAAGAAACUGACAGUGAACAACAAGUUAGACUUAAAAAAGAUAGUGAGUCUAAAAAACGAAAGCGAUCAGACGAAACUGACACCAACAGAAAAAUGAGGCUUGAGAAAGAAAGACUUAAUAAAAAACAAAAGCGGGCAAGAAAAGUGUCACAACCUCAACAUGAAAUAAAUCAACUGGAUUAUUUAAAUAUGUUUGACAACACCAAUAAUGGUGGUAUUGAAGAGCAAUGUUGGGCUAAGGCUAACAUUAAUAAGUUUAAUAAGUCUGUGCAAUACAUUGUCAGUCAGUGUACAGAAUGUCAGGAGGCAUGGCCCUUGAAGUCUAAACCAAGGACACCUUACAUAUGUUCCCGAUGCUCCAGAGAUAAAAAAUCUCCUAAAAAGUUCUCUAAUGAAAACUCAAUGAUACCUUCAUCUGUUCCACAUGAAUUGCAGAAUUUAACUCAGAUUGAGGAAAUGUUAAUUGCUCGUGCUUUGCCUAUCAUGAGAGUUUAUAUUAAACCUGGUGGUCAACGAGGUUAUUCGGGGCAUUGUAUUAACCUGCCACAAAAUGUCAAAGAACUUGCAAUAUCUUUGCCAAGAUAUCCUAAAGACUUAGCUAUUAUUAUUGUCAAGGCUAAAGGUGGAGAAAACACAUUCAGAGAUGUGACAGUGCGAAAGCAAAAAGUGCACAAUGCUUUAGUUUGGCUAAUCAAUAAUAAUCCUCAUUAUUCUGAGUUAUUAAUUAAUGAAGAUGCAUUAAAUUCCUUACCUGAAAAUGGUGUACCACCAGGUCUUAUGACUGUUGAGACUGAUGAUGAUAUAGUCUCAGAUGACAAUUGUUCUCCUGAUGUAGGUCCUCCUACUGAUAAUCCAUCAGAGGAUAUUGUUUAUAAUGACUCUACUGAAAUGUGCAGUUUUUUACCUGUUGGCGAACAACAACAACAGGAAAUUGAAGCUGUUAGAAAUCAGCUGUCUGAAAAUGAGUCAAUACCGUGGCCCUCAGUUGAAAAUGAGCCAUUAAAUGAGUAUCAGAUAUCACAUCUGGCAACAAUGGCUUUCCCAACAUUAUUUCCAGAUGGGAAAGGUGAUCCCACUAAUCAAGGACUUCUGAGAGAUGUCCCUCUUCAGGAACGAAUAAAGCAUCUUCUAAAAUUUGCUGAAAUUAUUGAUGGUAAAUGGGUAUACCGUUUUGCUAACCACCCCAGAUUUUCAUAUUGGGCUUUUAAUAUGAUUCAAAGAAAACGAAUUUUACAACAAAGUGGAAUAUUCCUCAAACAGAACCCAGGUGAAGCUCAUCUCACAAUUGAAGAACUGCGUGAAAUGGCUGCCAGUAACAAUGCUAAUGUAUUUAUGUCUAAAGUGUCCAGAUAUGUUGGCAAUAUUGCAGGUACUAAUGCUUACUGGAAUAGAGUAAGAGAGGAACUCAAAGCUAUCAUAACUAGUGUUGGAGCACCAACAUUAUUUUUCACUUUCUCAUCUGUAGAUAUGCAUUGGCCUGAGUUACACACUUUAUUUAAUGCUGAUACUGACAAUGAGUUAGGUAACUCUACCAGUGAGGUAAGACGACAAAAUGUGAUCAACAAUCCCCAUGUUGUAGAUUGGUUUUUCACACAAAGAUUAGAAAGCUUUGUCAACCACUGGCUUUAUGAUACACUCGGUGCAAAAUGGCACUGGUUUCGAUAUGAAUAUGCACUCGGUGCAAAAUGGCACUGGUUUCGAUAUGAAUAUCAAGGUAGAGGUAGUAUCCACUGUCAUGGUACUGCUAAACUAAAUAAUGACCCAGGUUUGUGUCAACUUACUCAGACUGCUUUGAAAGGUUUCUUAGCUCAAAAAUUUAAAGAUGAAAACGAUUGUUCCAACACAACUGAACUAGACCAGGAUAUUGAAGCUGGUCAGAAAGCAGCUGACACAGUAUGUCAGUAUGUUGAUUGGUUAUUAUCAACCGUCAAUCCUAAUCCACCAGAUGAGGACAUGUGGAUAAGACCUGAGGUUCAUCCAUGUCAAAGAAGUCAUCAUGACAUUCCUGAACAUGAAAAACAAUCAGAUUAUGUAGAUCUGUUAAACAUGGUUCAACGACACACUCGUUGUAGUACAAGUUAUUGUCUUAGAAAGAAGUCAAAUGAAACAGACUUGAAAUGUAGAUUUCAUUUUCCUUUUGAUAUUUGUCCUAAGACAAAAUUAGAAUUUGAAAAAGUUCACACUUCAGGUGAUAAUGAGCAUUAUCGAGCUAAGAUUGUGACUAAACGAAAUGACUCUAGAUUAAAUAACCAUCAACAACUUCAGCUCCAAGGAUGGAGAGCUAACUGUGAUAUUCAAGUUGUUAUUGAUCACUAUGCUUGUGUUGAAUAUCUCACAAAAUAUGCAGCUAAAGGUGAGCCAAGAUCACCUAUAUUGAAACAGGCAUUCAAUUCUAUUGUGCAAAAUGUUGACAGUAAUACUGACCCUCGUAGAGUUAUUAAGAAGGUAGUUAUGAAAUCUCUUGGUGAAAGAGAUUAUGCAGCUCAAGAGACAAUGCAUCAUUUGUUGUCUUUAAAACUCCACAGCUCGUCCUUUAAAGUGAUGCCAGUUAGUCUAAAUGGUUCACGUAGAGUGCGUGAUACUGCAAGUAUUGAUGAGGGUGAGUCAUGCACCGAUUAUUCACUUCUUGAUGUGUACGCUAAUCGUGAACAAUAUGACAGUUCACAAAAUAUAAUAAAUAUGAACUUUGUUCAAUUUGCUACAACAUACAAAGUUGUUAACAAUGAACUGACAAAAUUGCCGGAGAAUAUUAUACCACGAAUAUUUCCAACAUAUUCUCCUAAUCCCAAAGGUCCAAAUUUUGGCCUAUAUUGUAAAUACCAACUUUUGAGGUAUAAACCGUGGAGAACAACCCAAAAUAAUGCAUGGGGUGACCAAGAACCAACUGACGAGGUUCUGAUCAAUUGUUGGCAUGAAUUUUUACAAACACCUUAUGGGCAGUCUAAUGUCCCAGACUGGUUUGAUAAAUUACAAGCUGUCAUUCAAAGUCAAGAAGCAGAAGAUGAACCUUCUGAAGAACAGGAGACAACUCGAGAAGAGUGGAUGAUAUUAUCAGACCUCAACACUCCUUUUGACAACUCUGAACAAACACCAGAGUCCACAUAUGACUGGCAUCUUGACAGAGCCAAUUAUUCAGAACAACAAAUCCAAGAAAUGCCAACAUGGAUAAAAACAAACAAAGACGAAUACACUAUUGAUGAGCAAUAUGAUGUUGUUGACAUCAACAGUUUUAGUGAAAUGCAAAAACUUGCUUAUAAUAUUGUUAAGUCUCAUUUUGAUGAUACAUCAUCCGAGAAAGAGCCAUUAUGUCUCAUUAUAAAUGGUGUUGCAGGAACUGGUAAAAGUUACCUUAUUAAUGCUAUUAGAAAUCUUUUGCAAAGUAAAUGUGCCGUUGCUGCUACCACAGGUAAAGCAGCUUUUAACAUUAGAGGUGUAACUGUGCAUUCUCUAUUAAAAUUACCUAUAGGAUCAAGAGGUAAUAAAGACCUGACAGGACAAAGCUUGUGUAGGUUACAAGAGAGUGUUGAUAACAUUGGAUACAUCAUUAUUGAUGAAUACUCCAUGCUUGGCCAAGUUACUUUUGGUUGGAUAGACAAGCGUUGUAAACAAGCAACUGGUUCUAAUGACAAAGUAUUUGGAGGGAAAUCGUUGAUUUUAACUGGUGAUCCAGGUCAAUUGCCACCAGUAGCAGAUAAACCUCUUUACCAUGCUAGACCAUCAAACGCUGUUGGUGAACAAGGUCAUCAAGCAUAUCAUAUGUUUGACAAAGUUGUUAAACUCACUGUAAAUCAACGUGUGCAAGGUAUGACAUCUCAGCAAGUACAGUUCAGAGAUUUGUUAUUACGACUUCGCAAAGGCAACUCAACAGUUGAUGACUAGAAGUUACUUCUGACACGUCAGCCAUCAAAUGUCACUAAUUUAUGUGAUUUUGAAGAUUCUACUAGACUCUUUUAUAGUAAUGAACAAGUUGGUAAUUACAACCAUGAGCAGCUGACAAAACUUGAGCAUCCAAUUGCUCAUAUUAAUGCUCGCCAUUCAUCAGCAUUGGCCAAAAAGAUAUCCUCAGAUGAUAUGUCUGGGUUAGAAACUGUUGUGUUUCUAGCAAAAGGUGCUAGGGUCAUGUUAACCAUGAAUUUGUGGUCAAGUGUUGGCCUCUGCAAUGGGGCUACUGGAACAGCUGUUGAUAUUAUCUAUCAGAACAACCAUCAACCACCUGACUUACCUAUUGCG